UAUACGGUUGUGAGUCAAUUGAAACUUAGUGAGAGCAAUUAAAUUAACGCCAUCGCAACUAAUCGAAGAAUCGAAUUAGAAUAAAAGACGGCAACAAGAAAAAUAAAUAAAAGAAAUAAAAACAAAUUGAAGAAGUAAAUAAAAGAACCUCGCAAUGCCGGAGGCCACCAAAUCAACGGCUAGCAUUGAGAAUGGCGUUCAAAAAAGCUGCAACAACAAGACACAUACAACUGCAACAACAGAGAACGGUUACAAUGCAUUAGCUGGUGAGAUGGUGGGCGAUAUAGGUGGUAGUGGUGAGAGCGGUGAGAGCGCAGUAACGGCAGCGGGCAAUACAGUCGAUUUACCAGAUGCUGUAUUGAAUAAAUUGUUUCACAACUAUUUCCUAAAACAACGUCGUGCGGGACUUAAAUGGUUUUUGUUUACAUCUAUACUCUUCAAUGGUUGGACGCUAAUUAUACCGCAUGAACAAGGCCUGCUGCCUAUUGUGUUUACUUUGUUUGUGCUCUGCUCGAAUGUGAUGUUUAGCUUACUUCUGGAUCUGAAAUUGAGCGCUAUAAAAAACUUAAGCGGUCUGCAUGAAAAACUACUGAAACAAACCUCGUGUUUGCUUUGGUCUCUUUUUAUAGCACAUUUUUUAUCCUAUGUGGAUCUGCAAGAAAAUACCUCGCCAAGAGAUACACUCGGUUGGAUGAUACUUUUUAACUUUCUCAUCUAUGUUACCCUGCCUAUUGAGCUUUUCUAUAGUGGUUGCAUCGUCGGGUUCCUGACUUCUGCCAUAUAUCCACUGGCAAUAUUUUAUUAUACCAGAGAGGAUCCGAAUUUUAUUCAACAAAUAUUAGCAAAUGUGGUGAUGGUUUUUACGGCGGCAAUAAUUGGCCUCAUGUACUACUUCAUGGGUGAGGCUAAACAGAAACGUGCUUUUCUAGAGGCUAAGAAGAGUUUAGAAGUCAAAAUGAUCAUCGAGGAACAGUCUGCCGAGCAGGAACGAUUAUUACUAUCUGUACUACCGAAACAUGUGGCUGUAAAAAUGCGACAGGAUCUGGGUUCAACGAGUUCGGAGCCAUUCAAGAAAAUUUACAUGAGCAGGCAUGAAAACGUGAGCAUCCUUUACGCGGAUAUUGUCGGAUUCACGGCCAUAUCCUCUACUUAUAGCGCUCAGGAUCUUGUGAAAAUGUUAAAUGAACUAUUUGCGCGCUUCGAUAGGCUGGCAGAGAAAUACCAUCAGUUAAGAAUUAAAAUCCUUGGUGAUUGCUAUUAUUGCAUUAGUGGUGCACCUGACGAACGUCCCGACCAUGCAGUGCUGUGUGUUCAUAUGGGCCUCUCAAUGGUGAAAGCUAUUAAAUAUGUGCAGCAAAAGGCUAAUUCGCCUGUUGAUAUGAGAGUGGGCAUACAUACCGGUGCUAUAUUGGCUGGCAUACUUGGUCAACGGCAGUGGCAAUUCGACGUCUACUCCAAAGAUGUUGAGUUGGCUAAUAAAAUGGAAUCAAGCGGAAAAGCCGGGCGUGUGCAUAUUUCGGAUAAAACGUUGGCUUUUCUAAGUGGCGAAUUUGAAGUGGAACCGGCACAUGGCGAGCGCAGAGAGGAGGCUUUACGCAUUGCUGGACUUAAAACUUACUUCAUAACCAAAGUUUUGAAGCCGUUUGCUUCACCCUGUACAAAGAAGAUCAACGAAUGCGGUAAUGUUGGAGAAAAUGUUGUUGGUAAUAUUGAUGAUGAUACGCUUGAUGAAGAAUUGUUGGCUGAGACAAAUAGUGAAGGUGACAAAGCUGUUGAUGCCAACAAAACCGAAGAGCUUAGCAAGCAAACAAACUUCAAAAUACGAUUGCAAGAGGAACUAAUUACGCGAGAUGGACACGAAGAUCUUUCGAAAUUCACUACCUUUUUUCUUAAAUUCAAAAACAAGAGCUUGGAAGAUGCCUACGCCACUUAUCGUGAACCCUACUCUUCAUUUCCAUUACUUGCCGCUCUACUAGUCCAAUGGAUUGAUAUUUUGUAUUCCUACAUUGUGCUUCCAAGAUCACCGCUUCAUUUCAUAAACAUUUCUGCGCCAUUGAUACCCAUUUUUAUGCUCGUCUUCAUUUCAAUAGCCGAAAGUUUUCCCCGUCAUUUACCUGAAUUCUUUGUGAGCCUUAGUAAACGUUUCAAUGACAUAACAUUUGUACGGGAGCUGGCUGCCAUUAUAAUAGCCGUGACGAUAGGACUCAGCAAUGUUGUGGAUAUGUACUUCUUUGUGACUUUCUUGAAAACGGAUCAUGUUGUUUUGGAGAGCGAAAUAGACGCCAUCACUGAGGGUAUUGUGCCAUCCGAGCCGGUCUCGGCCUCAAUGCUAGCGUCGGCUCCUAUACCGGGUGAAAUCUAUAUGUAUCCUUCAUAUAUGAGUAAUUUCGCAGUGUUGAUUUUGAUUGCGACCGCGGUGAUUGCGCAACUGACGCAUGUUACAAAAAUCGUGUUGAUGGUCGUGUUUACAGCGCUUCAUUGCUAUUGUAAUAUAUUCCUCUUGAGCGAUUUAUAUACAUACGAAGAUGAACUAGCAUCUAAUCCCGCAAUACCCAUCUCGGUCUCUCUUUCCACAGUACUAAUUAUGGUUACGCUGGCGUUAUCAUUUUUUGCGCGCCAUAUGGAUCGCGAGGAUCGCGUCAUUUUCAAAUGGAAAACUGAAGUUGCUGAGCAGCGUGAAAUGGCAACAGAUAUGCGACAACGAAAUGAGGCACUGGUCUAUAACAUUUUGCCCGUUCAUGUGGCAGAGCAUUUUAUGAAGAACACAAAACGAUCGCACGAUGAUCUCUACUCACAAAGUUAUGCCGAGGUGGGUGUGUUGUUUGCGAGUAUGCCGAACUUUUCAGAUUUUUAUUCAGAAGAAACCGUUAACAACCAAGGACUUGAGUGUUUGCGCUUUCUAAACGAAGUGAUUUCGGAUUUUGAUGCGUUACUGGAACUUCCACAAUUCCAAGAUAUAAUAAAAAUCAAGACGAUCGGUUCCACUUACAUGGCAGCUAGCGGCAUCAAUUCGAAUCGUAUAAGUCAACCGGAUGAUCCAAUCACAAUGCGUUGGGCUCAUCUGGCAAUUUUGGUGGAAUUCGCCUUGGAGUUGAAGAAAGCCUUGCAGGGCAUCAAUGAACAAUCGUUUAAUCAUUUUGUGCUUAAGAUGGGCAUUAAUCAUGGCCCAAUCACGGCUGGCGUUAUUGGUGCACGAAAGCCCCACUAUGAUAUUUGGGGCAAUACAGUGAAUGUGGCAUCGCGCAUGGAGAGUACGGGCAAAGCUGGUGCUAUACAGGUGACUGAAGAAACUUGUAACAUUCUACAAGAAUUUGGAUACACCUUCCAGCAACGUGGACUUGUUAGUGUAAAGGGAAAAGGUCAGCUUAUGACCUACUAUCUAAUGGGCAAAGCUGAGAAGGGCGCCAUCACCUAUUCGACUGUGCGGCAAACGAGUGACGAGCUGAUCAAACCGAUAAUAGAAAAUCAUUUACAAACGACUGGCGAACAUUGCAAUGGUCACUCCGCAUUGAAUGGCAUUAAUGGUGAGGUGAGACACAAAGACACUGUUGAGCCUGAUAUAAAAACACCACUGCUAGACGUGAGAGCGCAUGAAACUAGCGCAACGGCUGAUAGCGAGCGAGAUGCAUUGAUAAAUUAGAUUUAAUGAAAAUUU